AUGGUCCGGGAACAACCAAUCCUUAUUUUCCUUACCAUUGUGCAGAACAUGUUGUCGAAGUGCUGGUUACACGGUUUACUGCGUGAGCAAUUCAUCCGGAUGACGGCUCUGAACGUCUCGCCAAUCAUGAUAAAAGUAUUUCUAGGGUUGCUGGCAUCCUCAGCCCUGUCAAAAGGAAUGUUCAUAAAUAAUGAAACAAAGAAUUUUACACCUCCUUCUCCUGGCUCACUUGACCGGCCCAUUCCCCCUGAAUUCUGGGGUUCUGGGGAUUAUCCUCCAUUGCCUCACAAUGACAUGCCACAACAUGUCUACAACAUGGAUGGUGGCCCUCCACAGAUACGCACUGGCUUCCAAAUGCCGUAUGAGGUACCUACUGCCAUGCCUGCUCCAGCAGACAACUACCCUAUGCUACCAAAGGGUUAUCCUUUGCCACCGGAUGGUUAUCCCUUGCCACAAAAUAGUCGGGCACAUGCUUCCAUCAGACUUAGUGUACCAGACUUGACAUAUUGCGAUAUGAUCUUGGAAGCGCCGGUGCCCCCAACCGCAGAUCAAGUACCUUGGUUCUGUACCUGCACUUUGUGCAAAGGAUCUUGGCAGUCCCAAAAGGGCGAUAAAGGAGACAGAGGCCUACCCGGUCAACCUGGGAGUCCAGGACCUAGAGGUCUACCUGGUCCCCAAGGUCCUCAAGGUUUCAUAGGUCCAACAGGAUUUAAAGGCCAGAAAGGUGAUGAAGGUAUGAAAGGGAACGAUGGUCCACCAGGUCCAACGGGAAGGAUUGGAGAGCGUGGAUUCAAGGGUGACAAAGGAGACAUGGGUAUGGAAGGGAGGCAAGGGAACCCAGGACCUCCUGGACCACAUGGGGAUUGCUCUCCAACAUGUGGUUCUGUAAGUGGACCUCCCGGUGAAGUUGGAUUACCAGGAGUAGUUGGGCCUAGAGGAAUCCCAGGAAGCUCAGGAGAAGCUGGGCCAAAAGGCGAGAAGGGAGAUCAGGGCGAAAUUGGUAAGCCUGGUGUUCCAGGCCUUAAUGGGCUGAAAGGAGAUCAAGGCAAACAAGGUGUGUGUAAUUGCACGGAUGGGGCCAAAGGUGCAGAAGGAAUUGCUGGGCCUCCUGGUCCAAAGGGUGAAAAAGGGAAUGUUGGUUCUCAGGGGCUUGAAGGGGUAAGUGGUCCUAAAGGUGAAAAAGGAGAAUUGGGAGUGACAGGUAUUCCUGGCCCCUGCUCUCCUGCCAUCCAGUCAGGGUUUUCAGCAAGAUUGGCUGUCACUUACCCAAGUCCUGACAUUCCUGUGCCCUUCAGCUUAAUCAUUUACAAUCUAGAGCAUCACUACAACCCAGUUACUGGUGUCUACAAGGCUCCUGUCAAUGGCACAUACAGCUUCAGCUACAAUUUAUGUGUCUUGAACAAAGUGCUCAAAGUGGGUCUCUUCCAUAACUUUGCCCCAGUCGUAAAAAGCAUUGGGGCAGUAAACCUUGGAAUGGUCUCUCAGGAGGUGCUUCUGCAUCUGAAUAUGGGUGACGAAGUGUGGAUCCAGGUAAAAGAUUUAAACAGUAACGGUAUGUGCACGAGCAAUGAGGCCAGUAGCACCUUCGCUGGCUUCCUGCUUUACCCAGACAGCUGUGAUGUACCCUUUUCCCGAGAGAUACCUGAGCCUAUCAGUGGCACAUACAGCUGGGGUACACUGGAAGCACCAGCUGACCAAUAAACGUAAUUGUUGUUCAAAUUCCAAAUUUUACACAAGACAACAAAGCUCUGUAGGAUCUAUAUUUAUACUUUUCAUGUGCUUUGACUACUUUUCCUACAUAAGGUCAAAACUUCAGGUAUAGCAGUCGAUUUUGAAAGGUCAGUUCUCAGAGGUUUUGAUGCUUUUUGGGUUUGGGGUUUUGACACUAUAUUCACCUAUAUAACCAGAGAUAUCUGGGUCUUUACUUUGCAAUUAGCCCUACUGCUCAGAUAUUUCUUAGGCCUCAAAUAAGUUAUGGCAUGUUCAGUGGAUAUGAUGAUCAUUCCAAACUGAUUCUACAGCAUUAGCAUGAACAAUUGCACAAUGGACCAGAGAUUGUAUGUACUGGAAAUUGAAGCCAGUUUGGUUUUGUAUGUAUGUGUGACCCUCUUAUGCUGUCUGACACUUUAUCCUAAUCUUGUCUAACCUGACUGUAUUUCUAGUGAUCUACCAUUUAAGCUGGAAAAAACAUGGUCUGACCAGCUACCAGCUACCAAAUCACAGUCUGAGCUGGUCAAACUGGUAGACCAUCUUUGCCAGCUGGUUUCAUUAUUAUUUGAAUCAAUCAAUCACUCAAUCAAUAAAUGUCUGAGAUUUUCUAAUUGCCUCACUCUUGUGAUAUUUUCGUGCAAAGAUGGUCUACCAGUUUGACCACCUCACCUUGUGCUUGGCCAGUUUGUAGAUAGAUGUUUCCACAUGGAUCCCAUUCACCUUCUGAAAGACUUUCUUAAAUGAAGUGAUCUGCACGGUUGUCUCAAGAACCUGGAGGAGAACUUAUUACGAGAUUACAUAAUUUCCUUUGAAAAUAUGAGUCACUUUCUUUUGGUUUCGCUUCAUUCAUAUUUCAGGGAACAGUGAUGUCCUUAUCUAGUUCUUUUAAUGUAAUUAUGUAAAUACGUAUGGUAUACCUUCAAAGAAAACAGAAGUUGUGCUAAGGUUGGAUAUUUUUGCAAUCUUCUAUAUUGAUAAGAUCGUUAAUUGGAAUUGGUGUCUUAAAUGGGAAUGGGAUGGCAAUGGAAUUGGUGUCUUAAUUGUCUAGUAAUCAAAUAAGAUUUUGGAGGGUUGGACUUUCUAACCUGCAACCAAACAUCACAUCCAUAUCAAACAAUAUAUAUAUUGCUCCUAGUGGGAUAUAAGACUUGGUAAAGCUCUUAUAGAAACCAAAAUCAGGUUAAAUACAUAACCAGUAUGAGUUAUGAACUAAAUACGAUCAUUUAAAUGAUGACCAUGACUAUAACACUCCUUAAUGCUAUCUACAAGUAACAUAAUCAUGAUGGAAUCUUAGUUAUGUUACUGUUCUGUUGAUUUU